AUGCCUCGAACUCGACCCCCAACCACAGGCUACGAACGUUUGGCUCAGGCUGACCAGUUCAGCGACGAUUCUGACGACGAGCCUUUGGGCCAGAGCUUCGCUUCUUUGCAGCCUCAGACCGCACCCAGAUAUGCCCCUGCCGCCCAGCCACGCCCUCACUCGGGCAUGGCCUCCCCGGAAGCCACAAAACAGAGGCAUCGUCCUAGGAGAGCGAGAACGAACUCUGGUGUGGACCUCAAGGCUAUCAACGCCCGCUUGGAGAGGUGGGCAGAUGAGAUCGCUUCCAAAUUCAAAAGGGGCAAGGGCAAGGGGAGACAUGACGAUGAAGAGCAACUCGAAAUCCAAUACAGCGUCUUCAAGGCUCCUGAUGGUGUACAACCCGCCACCGCCGAAUCUCUCGCGGCAACUGCACAUCAGACUGCCAUGUCAAAAGACGAGUUUGAUGAGAUAGUCCAGAGCGUCCGGACGGCUAUUGAUCAGGGCAUGCAUCCCAGCAUGAUUACGCAAGGUAGCUCUGGAAGCUAUUUCGCCCGUAACCUCGACGGCAAGAUCGUGGGAGUCUUUAAGCCCAAGGAUGAGGAGCCCUACGCUGCUGGAAACCCGAAAUGGAACAAAUGGAUCCAUAGAAACCUGUUCCCGUGCUGUUUCGGCCGAGCAUGCCUCAUUCCCAACCUCUCGUAUGUUAGCGAAGCAGCUGCUUAUACUUUGGACUGUCAGCUGCGAACAAACAUGGUACCAUAUACGGAUGUCGUAUGGCUAUCGUCAAAAUCAUUCCACUACCCCUAUUGGGACCGGCGAAGCUUCUAUAGGAAGAAGAAGCCCCUCCCUAGCAAAGCCGGUAGCUUUCAAGUAUUCUUGAAAGGAUUCAAGGACGCCAAUGUCUUCUUGAAGCAAAAUCCAUGGCCAGACCAAUACUGGUCUGGGUUCCGCUCCAACGAUACACACCGUCAUAAGCAGAGAAAAUGGGCCGACAGUUGUCGCCCCUCGAGCAGACGAGUCAACGGGAAUGAGAGUGACGACGAUUAUGACACGCCAUCACCCCGCCCUCUCGGCCCAGACAACUUCGUCUGGACAGAAGGGCUCAAGCAAGCGUUCCGAGAAGAGUUGGAGAAGCUCGUCAUCUUAGACUAUAUUAUGCGAAACACAGACAGAGGACUUGAUAACUGGAUGGUCAAAGUCGACUGGGAAAGCCAAUCAGUGUCCAUUGCUUCUGAACCUCCGCAAUUUAACAUGCAUGUUGAAGACGAUGAAAACGACCAGCCUGCACGGCCGGUGGAUCUUACGGAUGGAAACCAGACGAGGAGCCCAGGAGUGAACCCGUAUAAGACGCAGAAACCCAUGAAGGCAACUGGCUCCACGAAUGUACGCGAACCCAACAUCUCUAUCGGCGCUAUCGAUAACUCCCUUUCGUGGCCCUGGAAACACCCGGAUGCUUGGCGAAGCUUCCCGUUCGGAUGGUUGUUCUUGCCUGUUGAUCUUAUCGGGCGGCCUUUCUCACAAAAGACUCGUGAUCAUUUCUUGCCUCUUCUGACAUCGACUGAGUGGUGGAGUCAAACGCAGCUUGCUCUCCGGAGAGUCUUCAAAAUCGAUCCGGAUUUUCAAGAGAAGAUGUUCUCACGCCAAAUGGCCGUCAUGAAAGGCCAAGCUUGGAACGUUGUUGAAACCCUGAAGACACCAGAUCAUGGUCCUUUAGAGCUUACGCGCCGUACCAGGGUAUGUAUCUGGGAUGAUCUCGUCGACGUCCCCGUAGCUGUUCCGAUGCGAGCUGCCAGUACGGAUAUGCGCCGUAAGGCCGAUCCUGAGGUACAUGAUGCUAUCGAGGAGGAAAUGGAUAUCGGCGCAGUAAACUCAUCCAGCGCACCAACCCAGGCAGACGACCUUCUGGGUUUAGCUAGUCCCUUACCAAACCCUGGCCGUUUUGAGCUCAACACCCCAAGAGCGCAGUCGCCUGACGAGGCGACAACCUCGCCGCACGGUCUAGGAACGAACCACUUCGAAGAUGGCAAUACAACAUCACCACAAACGUCAUCAUCGCGACCUAAGGUUUCACAUGCGGGCCCAAGAGCCAGUUACCAAGGACCUGCGAGGUCUUCCGUUAAUAUUUACACGCCCCACCGAGAGAGACGUUUCAGCUAUGCCACUGCAGCUGGGCGACGAAACAGCAACUCGAUCGCUCAACAAAUGUAUGGAGAUUUCAUUGGAGACGAUGCCGAUAUGGAAGGCGAUUUGGGAUACGCAGCGGCAGAAGGUAUGGAAGGAAACAGGAGAAAGGUUAUCGUUGAGCGCCUGGAGACUGUGAAAGCCAGAAAUCCAGUAUUCGAGUGUUGGUAG